GUUCGAGUUGCACGUGGAAGAGCAAACCAACAGAUGCUUGCAGGUGAUUGCAGACUGAUUCACACCAUCUGAUUCUGCAGCACGCAAUAAUUCGAAAGUGACGGGAUCGUAUCUCGCACCGUCAAUCAUGACAUUCACAUACGUGAUCGAACACAUGGAGGAGGAUGAAACGACCCCAAAAUCUCUCCCGCCCUGGGUUGAGCUGGAAUAUGCGCAUAUGAUCAUGUUGGCUGGCAUCAACGGCCGGGUUGAGUUUACGCAUUUAUCGCACAACUCUAGUUCAUCACUUGAUGCCCGGCUGGCCCCUAUCAACGAAUCCGCUGCAUCAUACCAAGUCCAUACUCAGUCGGUAAUGGAAAUGCUGGAGCAAAAUAAUAUUUCGAUUACAAGGGUAUGUCUUCUUGACCCGAAAGCUCAAACAGCGCUCGCUCCAGAAGAUGGCAAGAUUUUUGAUCAUUUCUUGUUUGGGGUGAGUGAUGAUCCCCCUCGUGAUCGAACAUCUGAGCUCCGUCAACUUGGUUUCCCUUCGCGUCACCUGGGUCCAAUGCAGAUGACAACAGAUACUGCACUCGGUGUAACGAAGCGAGUUGUCGACGACAAAGUGCAACUUAAUGCGAUACCAUACGUGGACUUUCCGACUAUCACAUUCAAUGCUAAAGAAAGUGUUGAAAUGCCUUUUCGGUAUAUUGUCAACGGCAAAGAACCUAUUUUACCCCCCGGAAUGCGGGAACUUCUGCACGAGGAUCCUAACAAAAGUUUUGACUUCUAAAAUCACCUGCAAUGUUACAUAGUAACUGCCGUUAUGAGGUUUACACAUGUUAGUCCCCACACCUCCCCAAAACAGUUUUGCGCCCUCAUACAACAUCGUCUUGUUUCUCAGUAUGACUGACUGGAGGUUUUCAGGAAUUGAAACCUGUUGAAUAUGUAAGUAUCUUAUAACAGAAAAUUGCUCAACUAACGAAUGAUAAGUAUUUGGUGAGGAAAAUCGCAAGGGAAGAAGACAACUCAUGCCUGUGUAAACGAAUUGACCUGUUGCCGUGCUCGAGGGGAGUAUAAAACAGGACGCAGCUGGUUGAUAAGCAAGUGAUUAUCGGCGUCCCGCACCACGGGUGGGGGAGGUCAGGAUUUGGACAAUACGUUUUGCCUGUAACUGCCUCCCUACAGAAGUGCAAUCUCCGGAUGCCGACCGAGGCACAUCCCGAGAUGACCUACCACAG